UCGAGAGUGAUGCUAACCAACGGCACUUUGCCAUCCACUCAACUCAACCAAUUUUCGGCGGUACACCCUUUCACUCAGCAGCUAGACAUCGUGUUUCCUGCUUCCGAUGAACUCGAGAAGGCGCUUACAUCCCUGAAGCCCACAUACUAUAAAAAAUGUUGUACGCUAUCAGAUUUUUUUGAGUUUGCCUGCAACAACCCCGGCAGGAAUAUAACUGCACUGCCAUCUACCUCCGAGUACGCCGAUACAUGGUGCAUCGAUCCUAGAGGCGUCCUCACCCUCUGCGUCUCAAAAUCACUGUACGAGCAACUCGGCUUGAUCGGGAGGAAACUCCCCUUCAAAGGGUGCCCCGAGCAGUACGUGAUACGCAUACCGGUUAGGCAAGAGACCGAAUCUGUCGCUGUACGUGCGAAGCAGAAGGCUGCCCUGAAACUCUGGGACGAGCUCAGACUCGGAGAAGACGGUCUUGGGAAAUGGAAAGUUCUGUACUGUCAAACAGGUGCGUGUCUAGGAACCUCCGACUCGCACGAGGUGGUGAUUGUUCAGCCUCAAAUCUGUCCUUCCGCCGAUAUACUUAUCCCAGUCCCGGCACUUGCUCCCGUUCCCGAGGAAAGCACAGAGGAUUGGGAUGAACGUAUCGGCGACCUUUUUGAAUGGGUGGGCAUGGCUUGCAUAGGAGCUCCAAGACUGAAAGCAAAUGACCGUGUCAAUCCUUACGUUGCUGUUUACGAAGUUCCCACUCCUUCAUAUAUCGGUGACGUGACACGGAUAACAUGGGCGGCUUUCCUUCACCAAUCGUUCGUAAAAGACGCUCUGGACACGGUGACGUCACAUUUGGCAUCUGCGACCGAUAACCACGCGUUCGUUGCAAUAACGAGACAAGGUUGUUGCACAUCGCCUGUUGGCGCCAUCCCUGAUGCUUCUUUCGAUACGGCCCGAGAUCCACCUCUCCGAGUACCGGAAAUCAACGCGGAGGACACCGGCUGUUUCAUCCUUGGCCCGGGUCAAAAUGGGAACUUUGUGCUUGCAGAGAGUAUUGGACAAUGGGAUGCGAGAUGGGGCUGAUUCCAUUAUGCGCUGUAGUAGUCGAAUCCACGCAAACGUUCUGAUCGCAAUUUUCGCAAUACAAGGGAUGAACAAUGCUGAAAGCGGAUGAAUUCAGAGCACCAAGUCUAGUCUAUACUUCCGCUAAACAACGUCUAUAAAAGCACAGUAUAGUACAGUAAACGACGUGGGUCA